UUGUGGGAAGGAAAGUGGAGCUGACGGCCGCUGAUGGCAGACUCCUCAAUUGGGCAAAUAUACUCGAUAAGUGAGCAGCUUUUAGGACAUAAAGCUCCAGAGAAACGAUGCUACCUUAUGAAGCUGAUGGUAGCUGGCUUUGAAUAAGAGGAACAUAUGCCGGUGUCAUUGCUGCUCUCCUGCGCACGAGCGCCCGAAGCAGAGAAGUGGGAUACUGUGUCAAUGGACCGCGGCGUUUUUAUUUUCCUGUACCAGGGAGCCGAGUAAAGUAGCAACGGAUUAUAUUCCUGUUGUGGAUGGGUGGGGGGCGACUGCGCUCCCGCUUUCAUUAGCGUGUAAAGUUUCUUGAAAUAUCUGUCGAAGACGCCGUCAAAGAUGUCGACCAGCAGUCCCGAAGCGGUGAAGAAAUUGCUGGAGAACAUGCAGACGGAUCUGCGGUCUCUGUCCAUGGAGUGCAAGAAGAAAUUCCCCCCAGUCAAAGAGGCUGCAGAGUCUGGCAUUGUGAAGAUUAAGACCAUUGCUGCCAGGAACACAGACAUACUGGCAGCUCUGAAGGAGAACAGCUCAGAGGUUGUGCAGCCUUUCCUCAUGGGUUGUGGCACCAAAGAGCCCAAGAUCACUCAGCUGUGCCUGGCCGCCAUCCAGAGACUCAUGUCCCACGAGGUGGUGUCUGAGGCUGCUGCAGGGAACAUCAUCAACAUGUUGUGGCAGCUGAUGGAGAACGGUUUGGAGGAGCUGAAGCUAUUGCAGACGGUCCUCGUCCUGCUGACCACCAACACAGUCGUACACGAUGAAGUACUUUCUAAGGCCAUUGUGCUGUGCUUCCGCCUUCACUUCACCAAGGACAACAUCACCAACAACACAGCAGCUGCCACAGUCAGACAGGUCGUCACUGUGGUUUUUGAGAGGAUGGUGGCAGAGGAUGAGCGUUUCAAAGGCAUCGUGGAGCAGGCCCCUCCUGUCCAGGGAAACACCAACAGACGUUCUGUGAGCACUCUUAGGCCCAGUGCUAAAGAUGCAUACAUGCUGUUCCAGGAUUUGUGUCAGCUGGUGAAUGCUGAUGCCCCCUACUGGCUGGUGGGGAUGACUGAGAUGACACGGACGUUUGGCCUGGAGCUGCUGGAGUCAGUUCUGAAUGAUUUUCCAGGGGUAUUCCUACAGCACCAGGAGUUCAGCUUCUUACUAAAAGAGCGAGUGUGCCCCCUCGUCAUCAAGCUCUUCUCCCCCAACAUCAAGUUCCGGCAGGGCAGCAGCAGCUCAGCCUCACCAGCACCUGUGGAGAAACCUUAUUUUCCCAUCUGCAUGAGGCUGCUGCGGGUGGUCUCUGUGCUCAUCAAGCACUUCUACAGCUUACUGGUGACAGAGUGUGAGAUUUUCUUGUCUCUGCUGGUGAAGUUUCUGGAUGGGGAGAAGCCACAGUGGCUGAGAGCAGUGGCUGUGGAAUCAGUCCAUAGGCUGUGCGUACAGCCACAUUUAUUACGGUCGUUCUGCCAGUCAUACGACAUGAAGCAGCACUCUACUAAGGUAUUCAGAGAUAUUGUGAAUGCGCUUGGCUCCUUCAUCCAGUCCCUCUUCAUUGUCCCCAAUGCUGGAAACCCUGCUGCUGUCAGUGCACCUACAGGUGGUUCAGGUUCAGGGACCCAGGGAGCUGCACAGGGAGGCCAAGGUACAGGAGGGGUCAGUGGCAACCUGAACACCCAGGCUGCCUUUGAAUACCGUGGUACCUGGAUCCCCCUGAUGACCGUCAGUGUUCAAGGCAGUGCUAAAGCCACCUAUCUCGAGAUGCUGGACAAGGUGGAGCCCCCAUCCAUCCCAGAGGGCUACGCCAUGUCUGUGGCCUUCAGUGCCCUGCUGGACCUGGUGAGGGGCAUCACCUCUAUGAUUGAAAGAGAACUGGGCAUGGAGGAAGAGGCAGCUGCUGAGUUCAGGGAGACUCAUCCUGAUCAGGAGUGGCAGCCUCAACAAGGAGCCUACCUGGUGUGGGAGGAGAUGGUCAGUGCCUGUUGGUGUGGCCUACUGGCUGCUCUCUCUCUGCUACUGGAUGCCAGCACUGAUGAGACAGCCACAGAGAACAUCCUAAAGGCAGAGCUCACCAUGGCCUCGCUGUGUGGGCGUCUGGGCCUUGUGACGCCCCGGGAUGCUUUCAUCACUGCCAUCUGCAAGGCCUCUUUGCCGCCGCACUACGCCCUGACUGUUCUGAGCAGCAAUGCAGCUAACCUCUCCAGCAAAGCCUACUCGAUCCAGGGCCAGAGUGUGCAGAUUAUCAGCCCCUCCAGUGAAUCUCAUCAGCAGGUGGUGGCUGUGGGCCAGCCUCUCACUGCCCAGCCCCAGGGCACUGUAGUGCUGACAGCGAAGAACAUCCAGUGCAUGCGAACCCUGUUGAACCUGGCUCACUGCCACGGGGCCGUGCUGGGGACCUCCUGGCAGCUGGUGCUGGCUACACUGCAGCACUUAGUUUGGAUCCUGGGACUGAAGCCAGGGGUGGGCGGUGCCCUGAAGCCUGGGCGAGCUGUGGAGGGACCCAGCACUGUGCUGACCACAGCUGUGAUGACAGACCUGCCCGUCAUCUCAAACAUCCUAUCCAGAUUGUUCGAGAGCUCCCAGUACCUGGAUGACGUGUCCUUACAUCACCUGAUCAACGCCCUCUGUUCCCUCUCACUGGAAGCAAUGGAAAUGGCUUAUGGAAACAACAAAGAGCCAUCUCUGUUCGCCGUGGCCAAGCUGCUGGAGACUGGCCUUGUCAACAUGGACCGUAUAGAGAUCCUGUGGAGACCACUGACAGGCCACUUACUAGAGAAGGUCUGCCAGCACCCGAACUCCAGGAUGAGAGAGUGGGGGGCGGAGGCGUUGACGGCGCUUAUCAAAGCUGGUUUGGCAUACAAGCAUGACCCUCCUCUGGCCCAAAAUCAGCGGCUGCAGCUUCUGUUGCUGAACCCCCUGAAGGAGUUAUCUAAUGUGCUGCACGCAGACAUCCGGCAGAAACAGCUGGAGAGCGUCCUUCAGAUCCUCCAGAGCCAGGGAGACAGCCUGGGGCCCGGCUGGCCCCUCGUGUUAGGUGUCAUAGGAGCCAUUCGCAAUGAUCAGGGGGAGUCAUUGAUCAGAACAGCCUUCCAGUGCCUGCAGUUGGUGGUGACAGACUUCCUACCCACAAUGCCUUGCAUGUGCCUCCAGAUUGUAGUGGAUGUAGCUGGCAGCUUUGGACUACAGAACCAGGAGCUUAACAUCAGCCUUACCUCCAUUGGCCUGCUGUGGAACAUUUCGGACUACUUCUUCCAAAGGGGCGAAGCAAUCACACAGGAGCUGGAGAGGGAGGAAGAGGCUCAGCAGAAGCAGGCCAAGGAGAAAGGAGAGACCCUGAACAGGCCCUUCCACCCGGCCCCUCCCUUCGACUGCCUGUGGUUGUGCCUGUACGCCAAGCUGGGCGAGCUGUGCGUCGACCCACGGCCCGCUGUGCGAAAAAGUGCUGGGCAGACGUUAUUCUCCACCAUUGCUGCCCACGGGACACUGCUGCAGCAGCCAACGUGGCAUAUUGUUGUCUGGAAGGUACUGUUCCAACUGCUGGACUGUGUCAGGACAUCGUCCACCACAGCUGACAAGGAAAAAAUCGAGUCUGGUGGCGGGAACAUCCUCAUCCACCACUCACGAGACACGGCAGAGAAGCAGUGGGCAGAGACAUGGGUGCUGACGCUAGCUGGGGUGGCUCGCAUCUUCAAUACAAGGCGAUAUCUCCUUCAGCAGUUAGGUGAUUUCUUCGAGGCCUGGGAGGUGCUGCUGAACCACAUUCAGUCUGCUGCUCUCAGUAAAAACAAUGAGGUCUCUCUGGCUGCUCUCAAGAGCUUUCAAGAAAUCCUACAGAUCGUCACUCCUGUUAAAGACUCUGAUAAAGCAGGUGAUGCACUCGCUGCUAUGGGCGUGCCCCCAGUGCUUAUCGACCCCCUGUCAGCGUCUGGUCCCGGCAGACCUCUGGUACGUUCAGACUCGCUAGUUGAGCGGUUGACACGGUACAAUGGCGCAGAGAUGCAAGCCCCUCCCCCAGGGGAGGAGUCAGCCUUAGAGGACUCCGCGCUGUGGUGGUCAGCGUGGAAUACAUGGUACAGAACCGGAACGGACAGCACGAGGCCACCUAGUGGCCUGACAGAGAAGCUCUCCUUUAUUCCCAGCCAGCCCUUCCUCACAGCGCUAAUCCAGAUUUUCCCAGCUCUGUACCAGCACAUAAAGGCCAACUUCAGCAUGGAGGACUUGAAGAAACUGGGGGUCAUCCUCCAUGGGGCCGUCUCUGUGCCCAUCAGCAGUGACGCCUCGCCUUUCAUCCUCCCCUCCUAUACCGAAGCAGUGCUCACCAGCCUGCAGGAGGCAGUGCUCACCGCUCUGGAUGUUCUGCAAAAGGCCAUCUGUGUGGGCCCGGAGAACCUGCAGGUCAUGUACCCGGCCAUCUUUGAACAGCUGCUACUCUUCGUGGAGUUCUCCUGCAAGCCUCCUCAGUACGGCAGGAUGGAAACCAAACACGUGGCCAAUGCCAAAUACAACCAGAUCCAGCUGUUUGCACCGGCAGAGUGGGUUGCCUUAAACUAUGUGCCCUUUGCUGAGCGCUCCUUGGAGGUGGUGGUUGACCUGUAUCAUAAAACGGCGUGCCACAAAGCGGUCAUCAAUGAGAAGGUUCUGCAAAACAUCAUCAAGACUUUGAGAAUGCCCCUGGGUUUGAAGUACUCCUGUCCAUCAGAAAGCACCUGGAAGCUCGCGGUUUCGUCUUUGCUCAAGGUGCUAUCUAUUGGACUACCAGUUGCUCGCCAGCAUGCCUCAUCUGGGAAGUUUGACACCAUGUGGCCAGAGCUGGCCAACGCCUUUGAAGACUUUCUUUUUACCAAAAGCACACCUCCAGAUAACCUCUCCAUCCAGGAGUUUCAGCAGAAUGAGGCCAUUGACGUAGAGGUGGUCCAGCUGAUCAGCACAGAGAUCUUGCCAUUUGCCAACUUCAUCCCCAAAGAUUUUGUUGGCCAGAUUAUGGCCAUGCUCAACAGAGGCUCCAUUCACUCACAGUCCCCCUCGUUUACAGAGGCAGAGAUCGAUGUGAGGAUGAGGGAGGAAUUUUCAAAGGUGUGUUUUGAGACGCUCCUGCAGUUUUCCUUCAGCAACAAGGUGUCCACUCCACAGGAGGGCUACAUCUCCCGCAUGGCGCUCUCUGUGCUCCUCAAGAGAUCACAGGACGUUCUCAGACGCUAUGUGGAGGACGAGAGGUUGAGUGGACGCUGCCCCCUGCCCAGACAACAAGUGACAGAGAUUAUCUUUGUCUUGAAAGCUAUCAGCACUUUGAUGGACUCCCUUAAAAAAACACAGCCAGAAAAUGUGGAUGGAAACACAUGGGCUCAAGUGAUAGCUCUAUAUCCAACACUGGUAGAGUGCAUUACAUGCUCGUCGUCUGAGGUGAGCUCGGCCCUGAAGGAGGCCCUGGGGCCCUUUAAAGACUUUAUGCAGCCACCUGUCUCCAGAGUUCAGAAUGGGGAGUCCUGACCAGGCUCACUCACAUGAGCUCUUUGCUUUUUUUAUAAUGAAGAAAUCUUGAAUGUGUCUUCUCGACCCCACGUGCUUUAUGAGGUGCACGGACAUGAACUCCAUGUGAGCUCCAUCUUAUGGUGACAUGAAGCAACCCACAAGAACAAGAGAUCCAAGGCCCACUCGGACCACGAUGAUGACCCUGACCUUUAUACGCUUCAUCGUAUGCUUCUCAUGUGAGCUGAUAAUGUCUCUGCUCCCUUCAUCGCUCAUUCAGACUGGCUGCUCUCUUGUGUUAUCUACAGAGAUUAAAAAUAAUUGCAGUGUUGCAUCUGGGUUUGUUUUUUUUUCUCCUGAUGAGGCCGAGUCGAUGUACAGUGUGUGGUGAUAUUGUUGAUGAUGUAAUUAAGAAAAAAAUGCAAAAACUGGGGCUUUAUCGAUCUAAAAAAAUGAACGUUUAAGACUUUUGCAACAUUUUCAACAGUAAGGAUUUUAUGCAAGAAAACAAAUCUUACUGUAACAUUCCACGUCAUCUUUAGCCAGCCAUCUGAGAAGGGAUGUAUUGUCUGUAUAAAAUAAAUGGGACAAUUCUACAAUCA